CGCCGCCGCCGCCGCCGCCGCGGGCCUCGCGAGCGAGCUCAUUUGUGCCUGGCUGGUCCCCGCGCCGCUCUCCCCAGUGUGGAGUGUCUGAGCCGUUGGCUGCUCCGAACCGUUUGGCUCUUUCCCUUAGUAACAGCUUUCCCUUCGGCCUCGGCGCCGCCCGGCUCGCGCCCUGCCCCCGCGCCCCCCGCCCCGCCCCCGCCCCGCGGCCGCGUGCGCCCCUCCCCCGCGGCGGGAGCACCUCCGCGCCCCGGGGACCCGCCGCGCGCCCGCCCGCCCGCCGGGGUGAGAGUCGCCGCGCACCCCCGGAGGGGUUAUUUUGGGGGUGGUUGGAGGCGGCGGCGGCGGCGGCGGCGAGGAGGGGAGUUUCCUUGUGCCUCCAUUGCCGGGAGGGGGAGCGACGUCGGAGGCCUCCGCGCCCAGCAUCAACAGUAGCAACUUGUGAUUGGCGGUCCUGGAUAUUGAGUUGCACAUCCCCACAUCAAUGCACUGCCAAUGGAUUUUCUCAUUCAGCAUUUACCUUUGGUAUAGAAAGCCAUAUCAGUCAGUCAAACAUAAAUGGUGCCCUUGUCCCACCUGCUGCAUUAAUUUCUAUCAUCCAGAAAGGUCUACAGUAUGUAGAGGCAGAAGUUAGUAUUAAUGAGGAUGGUACCUUGUUUGAUGGUAGGCCAAUAGAGUCUCUGUCCCUGAUCGACGCCGUGAUGCCCGAUGUGGUGCAAACGAGACAACAGGCUUAUAGGGAUAAACUUGCACAGCAACAAGCAGCAGCUGCAGCAGCCACUGCGGCCGCCGCCAACCAGCAAGGCUCUGCAAAGAAUGGAGAAAACACAGCAAACGGGGAGGAGAAUGGGGCACAUACUAUAGCAAAUAAUCAUACUGAUAUGAUGGAAGUGGAUGGGGAUGUUGAAAUCCCUCCUAAUAAAGCAGUUGUGUUACGGGGCCACGAGUCUGAAGUUUUCAUCUGUGCCUGGAACCCUGUCAGUGACCUCUUGGCAUCAGGGUCUGGAGACUCUACAGCAAGAAUAUGGAAUCUCAGUGAGAACAGCACGAGUGGCUCUACCCAGUUAGUCCUUAGACAUUGUAUACGGGAAGGAGGGCAGGAUGUCCCAAGCAACAAGGAUGUGACAUCUCUAGACUGGAACAGUGAAGGCACACUUCUAGCAACUGGUUCAUAUGAUGGAUUUGCCAGAAUAUGGACUAAAGAUGGUAACCUUGCUAGCACCUUGGGACAGCAUAAAGGUCCGAUCUUUGCAUUAAAAUGGAACAAGAAAGGAAAUUUCAUCUUAAGUGCUGGAGUAGAUAAGACGACAAUUAUUUGGGAUGCGCACACUGGUGAAGCCAAGCAGCAAUUUCCCUUUCACUCAGCACCAGCACUGGAUGUUGACUGGCAAAGCAACAACACCUUCGCUUCUUGUAGUACAGAUAUGUGCAUUCAUGUCUGUAAAUUAGGACAAGACAGACCUAUUAAAACAUUCCAGGGACACACGAAUGAAGUAAAUGCUAUCAAAUGGGACCCUACUGGCAAUCUCCUGGCCUCCUGUUCAGAUGACAUGACUUUGAAGAUAUGGAGUAUGAAACAAGACAAUUGUGUCCAUGAUUUGCAAGCACAUAAUAAAGAAAUUUAUACUAUCAAGUGGAGUCCAACGGGGCCAGGGACAAAUAAUCCGAACGCCAACCUUAUGUUAGCAAGUGCAUCCUUUGAUUCUACUGUUAGAUUAUGGGAUGUAGACCGAGGGAUUUGCAUCCAUACUUUGACAAAACACCAAGAGCCUGUGUACAGUGUAGCUUUCAGUCCUGAUGGCCGAUAUCUGGCAAGUGGUUCUUUUGACAAAUGUGUACACAUCUGGAACACACAGACAGGUGCUCUAGUUCACAGCUAUAGGGGAACAGGUGGGAUUUUUGAAGUUUGCUGGAAUGCAGCAGGAGACAAAGUUGGAGCCAGUGCAUCAGAUGGUUCAGUUUGUGUAUUAGACCUUCGGAAAUAGCGCUACUAGUUGGAAGCCAUGGACCGACUAUGAAUGUGUACAUAGCCAAAAUGACUGUCCCUGACCCACGUACUGCUCCAGUCCCACUUGAACCAUGGCCAGUCCACUACAGCCAAACCUAAAUGAAAUAUAUACAUACAGUGUAUAUAAACAAAAUUGCACCCUGAAGAUGACAGAAUUUUGUCACAGCUUGUGAAUUCUGUUCACCAAGUGCUGGAAUCUAAUCUGCUGUGCCCCUAAAAUAGCAUUUAGAAGUUUUGGAUAUGAAAAUCAGAAGAAAGGAAUAUGCAUUAUCAAAGCAGCCCAUACAUAUGCCAGUUUUUGGAUACUAACGACAGCCUUGUCACUCCCCUUUGAAUCAGCAGACACGAAUGGAUUUUUUUUUCCCCUUCAAUAGUUGAGCAGUUUGUAUGUACAGCGAAAAUGGACUUAACAAAAACCUGCAGCGUAGUUUGUUCUUGCUUUUAAACUUUGUUUUUGGUUUAGUUUAUGGAUGCAUGAAGUAAGGGAGUGAAUCAGUUUCUUGUUUAUAUUUUUUUCACCUUUUAAACAAAAAAAUUCUUAAAAAGUAUUUUAAUGCAUUCUUUUGAAGAGAUAGAUGUUUGGUACAUUUUAUGGCUCCCAGAGCAUAUAUUCAGUUGGUGCAUGUUGUAGAAGAAGGAAUUGGAAGUUAAAUGAGAAUAUAUGACUUUGGUCAUGUCAAUCUGUGAGACACAUCAGUAAAAGGGUAUUAUGCUCUGUUUUAGGUUUCUUUGUUUUUGUUUUUUUUCUUCCGUUUUCUUUUUUUUCUUUUUUUUUCUUCUGGUGAUGUGGCUUCAAUGCAAUAGUUUCUUUUGGGGGACAUAUUUCUGCCAAUUAAAGACUAGAAGGGCACAAAAAAUUUUUAAUACCAUAGAGAAGCAUAAACAAUUUCUGAUGUUUUGUAGCCAUAACUAAAUUAUGGUUAAAAUGUGCACUAUGUGAAAAGGAGCAAAGUAGUUUUGGGGGGUUUUGUUGUUUAUUUGUUUGUUUUGCUUUGUUUUUUAAGAGAUUAAAAUGUUUCUGGAUAAGGAUUAGCUUCUCAAAGUGUCCAUCAUUCUGUGUAGAAGCUUAAAGAUGUAAUGUAACCAAACUCCAGUAUUAAAAAUCUCUCAUGUUAUUUUUCUUUAUACAAAGCAAGAUAACGGCAUAUAACACUGCCAUAACUUGGCAAAAUGUUUGCUACCUUAGUUUAAGAAACCAUCUUUAAAACAAAAGACUUGCUUCAAGGUGUUUUUAAAUAGCAGUGAUUCAGAAUUAAAAAAAAAAAGUAUAAUUGCACUAACCUCCCUGCUGCUCUGAUUCUGCAUUGUGGUACUUGUGACUACUUUUUUUCAAAUAUAGAUAAGACUAUAAGCUGCUAUUUUUUUUUUCCAGUAAUCACUAGUAUAUCAUGUCUUUUGCUCUGUUUAUAAUAUCAAGUAUUUUCUUAAAGAUAUAUGUAUCAGAUCAAAUCUCUUCUCGUGCUCAUGCAAGUAAAAGCUAAACUAUACAGAUUCUACAAAUGAUAGCAUGGGGCUAUGUUUAUAUGUGUGAUUAACAGGGUUUGUCAUGAUUAAUGUCACAAUUGAGAAGUAUCAAUUUUGAGGAGCAUAGUUGUCAAAUUUAUGUCUCAAAGAUCUUAAUUAAGGAGUUGCUUAUUAUCAAGCUUAGCAAAUUUAUAACACUAGUUCCAUCACUAAUUGUUUUGAGGUCUUUGCUACUAAAAUCUAAACCAUAUUUUAAGUUUAGGUAGAAAUUGAUUUAACCCAACUAAUGCAGCUUUGAUUUUCAAACAUUUGUUGUUUUGCUAUUUUCAUAAAACAGCUUUGACUGAAGCAAGUCUUGGUUUUACUAAGGUAGGAUAGCAUUUGCUAUUGUUGAAGAAAAUACACUUAAUUUCACAAUGCAUUGUUAAAUGUAUCCCAGUUGUUGUUAGUGGGGACUAUGAUACUGUAAUAAUAUUUUUUAAAAUUCACAUCCAGAGAGGCAGUCAUUCAUGAUGGUUUUGUGCCAGCUGUUCUUAGGGUUUUGGAUCACAUUAUAGUUACUUAGAACUCUUACCCUGUGACUUAGGUAGGAAACCUAAUAUGCUGAGUAUCUGGCACUUGAAAUCCUGCUUUUAUUGCUGGAGGUCCACAUCUGUGUUGGCCUCUGUUGUUGUUUUAAAAAAAAAUAAAUAAAAAUUUAAAAAUCUGUGCAAUAAUUUUUAAAUGUGCUCCCAGGAAUAGACACAAAUGUUUUGAGUAUGUUUAAGCUGCAUUUUUCUUUAGUGAUGCAUUUGUCAAUUGCACUGAAUUUAAAUCUGAAAGUCAGAGGUGAUUAUCGAUAGUACUUUUGUAUUUUGAUAUGGACAAUUUAUUCAUUUGCAUAGUUACUUUUUUUUUUUCCCCAGUUGGUUAAAGCAGUUCUUCAACUUAGCUGCCAAAGUAGACAGCUACGUUUUUAUGGCUUUUGUCAUUUUUUCCAUUUUUUUUUUCCUUUUUAUCUUUAGCUUUUUAAGCAUAAUAGCCACAGUAGAACAUAUAAAAGAUUAUAAAUACAGAGCUUUAUUAUCCUGGAGUCUUGGGUCUUUUAAGUACCAACUUCAUCUGAAAGGUAUCCAUUUUGUAGGAUCGGGUUCUUUAUGGGCAUACAAUUGUUUAUUUUUGCUGCUGUUCUCAACAUCAUCUGCCUGCUGGUGUGCCACGAUGCUGCUCCAAAAGACAAAAAUGAGGUUGCCUCGAAUUUGAGCAGUAAUAUGACUGUAAGAGACCAUGUUUCACAGCCUGUAAGGUUCUAUAUUUGAGGUUCUCGUUCGUUUUCCUUCUAUUUUUUUUUUCCUUUUUUCUAAUAGCUUACUCCUAAAGAUCAUCAGAUUCCCAUAGAUUUUCUAUGGUAUCCAUUGUGUAUUGUUGUUUAAUAAGCUUCUGUAAGAAACUUAACAAAAGGAGAAAUAGAAAGGAAAACUUGAACGAAGACUCAUUGAUUAAAAUAGCAUAAAGAAAUAGCAGCUGUCACUCUUAAACUUCAUAAAUAUCGUUUUUUUUCUCUUUUUCAUGUAGAAAACCCAGGAAGUUCUUAUAUUUGUUCCAAUUCCCAUUUCUUAUAUCAGGUACCAUCAUUGAUUUUUUUUUUUUUUUUUUUUCAAAUGACACUUAGAAGUGCUAACUUUUAAUUUUCUAAUAGGUUUUAGAGUUUCUCAGAUUCGGUUUUUAAUUAUUCUCUAGGUAAGUAUGUUUUAGGAUUAAAUACCUUUUACAGAUACUGAAAGUGCCUCCUUUUGUGGUGUAAAAAAAAUUAUGGUGCAAAAAGUAAUCACUAGAUUGAAUUACAUGAAGGUUUUCUGCUUUUUGACAUAUGAAAAAUGUCAAGAGAAAGGCCAAAGAUUUGUACUUUUUCACUUAACUUAUAAAGCACUCCUUUUUCCUUAAACUCCUUUCUGUCAAAUUAGAUUUAAUGAAAGAGUACUAUUUUUAAGGAGUUACUGUUUGUGUAGAAUGAUUUUGUUAAGAGUAAUGUAAACUAUUAUUGAGUAGAGGAAUGAAGAGGAGUAUGCAAUUUUUUGCAAUUUUAAGGUUUCACAAAUGUCCAUUCUUAGUGAGCAAAAGAGUUGUUUUAAUAAGCAGAAAAAUAUAUCUCAAAUGCAGUGCUAUUUACUCUUUUCAAAAGUUUUCUUUUUUUUAAAGCACAUUGUACAUUUCUAUAGAACUUGCAUUUAUCCUCGCAUGCUAAGGAUGGUACUUGCAUUUGGUGAAUUACUGUUGACAGUUUCCACAGAAAUUCUGUUCAGUGGACCAACAUUGUGGCAUGGCAGCAGAUGCCAACAUUUGGGGGAAUAGCAGCAAAUCUACAAGAGACCCUCAUUGGUUUUGUUUCCUUUGUUUUUGUAUUUUCCCCUCCAAAUCAGCAGGGAUGGAAGGAGAGUGAGGAAGUUAUGAAUUAACUCCUUCCAGUAGUAGCUCUGAAGCAUCACAUUCAAUAUCAAUUUUUAAAACAUGAUUCUAGUUAAAUGUAGAAGAGAAGAGGAAGUGUUCACUUUUUUAAUACACUGAUUUAGAAAUUUGAUGUCUUAUAUCAGUAGUUCCGAAGUAUUAAUAGCAUCAUUUAUUUCUGCCUUUACGUUGACAGUGUUGAAGCAGGGUGAAUAACUAGGGCAUAUUUUUCUUUUCUAGUAAACUAUUCAUGAUGUUUUCUUUGGAGUUUCUGGAUAAGUUCAAGAAAACAUUUUGCAUGUUGUAUCUAGUCUGAUGUACUUAUCCAUCUCAUUAUAAGCAAAAACAGACAGACUGCAUUUUGUAGCUCUGUAAUCCCUAAAUACAGAAGUAAUUUUCUUCUUUCCUGACUUUGACAUUGUAGCUAUAAUAUGUUCUAAUUUUGAUUUUUACAAAUCCUUUGGGUCUAAUUCUGUGAGCCUACCUAUAGCACUGGAUUAAGAUGUCUGCAUCAUUUCUUUAGUUAUCCAGUUAACUUUAAAACUGUUGUAAAGUGUAAACCAGCCCAUGACAGUUUUUUGUACAUGUUAAAGAACUUUAUUGUUCAGUUUUCAUGAUUAUUGUGUAAGGAAGACUGAUAGAGAUGUUCUAUGCUGUCCUGGACCAUGUUAAUUACACUCAUGAUGUAUUUUGGUUUCACAUCACAAUGAUUUGUCCCCAGUGACCCUUUAUCCUUUUUUAGGCACAUUUUUUUUGUUGUUGUUGUUGCAGUUUCCCUUUGCAUUGUAUUGCUUUGACAACUGUAAUUUGAAUCAGAUCUGAAAGAGGUCCAGAAUAAAAUAUAUUUUGAUAUUA